UCUCUGCGAGGCCGAGGAGAUCUGAGAUUUAAUCAAGUUAAAAUGGCGAACGGAGUACCGAUUAUUUGCUUAUUCAAUGGAAAACUGAGCGUUGGAAUGAAUAAUAUGCCUAUAUACGAUGGAGGCUCUAGGAAAAUGUUCAUGUUGUCCAGAAAUUACAACUUUGAUAGAUUGGUGGCGCAAAUAUACAGAGUCACUGGAAUUAAUCACGUCGAAAAUUCCAUUAAGAUCUUCUGUAAUUGUCCAAUAAAUGAUCAAAGAACAAUUGCUGUAGAGAUCACCAAUGAUGAAGAAUUGAAUAACAUGAUACAGCUUGCGGAAAAACAAGUAUCAAUCGAGUUGUUUAUUGAAAAUAUUCCAGUGUAUUCGGUCGCUGAAGUUUCAUAUGCUCGUGGAGAGUUCUCCCGCAUGCUUGAUAAUCAAAUCUCGUUAUCUCAAAGUGCCAUGCGCUUUAAAAAUGAGUCGGGUGCAAUGUCAAAUGACGUGUUCCACAACUCGCCGGGUUAUGUUUCAGUUGAUUUACCGGGGGGUUCUACAAUAGCAGAGGAUAAUGAUGAGGAUGUAGAUGCCGAUGAUGAUACUGAAGAUGCUGAAGAGGAUGAACGUCUUGAUAGUAUGCAGUAUGCAAUUGGAGAGACCAAUGAUGACGUAAGUUGGAUGGAUGAAUAUUGCGUAAAUAACGACUACGUAGAGUCUGAAGAGCCGUUGCCAGAAGAGUUUCAAAAUGAUGAGUGGAUAAAUGCCUCACAAGCUGAGUUCGUCGAUCCUGGCCCUAAUUUCGAUCCAUCCGAGGACUUUACUUUCAAGAAAGGAGAUCUUUUCGAGAACAAGGAAACAUUAAUUUUCGCUAUACGUGAAUGGACAAUAAAAAACCGGGUCAAAUUCAAGACGGUGAAAAGCAACACAACUAGCUAUCAUGUAAAGUGUUACUUUAAUGAGAGAGGUCAAGGAGAGAAUACAAGUGCUGCAGAUGAUAGAAAUUCAAAGUGUCCAUGGAAGCUUAAUGCAGCUAUUAGGAAAAAAUCACUUGGCCAGUUUAUAAUCUCUAGUUAUUGCGGACUCCAUACAUGUUCUAAUUCGACUGCAACUUAUGAUCAUAAGACUUUGACUUCCUCUUAUAUCGCAAAGCUAAUUAUGCCCGAAGUUAGGCGGGAACUUGAUCUUACUCCAGGACAGAUAAUUACAAGGGUAUAUGACAUGAAAAGAAUAACAAUUUCCAAGUUUAAAGCAUAUGAUGCACGGAGGAAGGCGUUGACUAAAAUCUUUGGAGAUUGGGAGGAAUCUUACCAAUUACUUCCGCAUUACCUUUCAGCAAUUGUGCGGAACAAUCCGGGUACCGAAUAUGACAUAGUGUCUAAGGAGGUCGCACCAGAAACGGAGAGGUUCAUAUGUGUUUUUUGGGCAUUUGGGCCCGCUAUCAGAGGGUUCUCUUUUUGUCGUCCGCUCUUAAGUAUCGAUGGAACACAUUUAUAUGGCAAGUAUAAAGGAGUAAUCUUGGUUGCGACCGGUGUAGAUGCAAACGGUGGGCUAUUUCCUGUAGCUUUUGCAGUUGUGGAGGUGGAGGAUACAUCGAGUUGGAAGUGGUUUUUUCAAUGUAUUUACAAAUAUAUUCCGACUGUUCAAAGUCCACGAGUUAUUACCUUUAUUUCUGACCGGAUGAAAGGAAUUCCACGAGCCUUGCACGAGGGGUGGAGUGCACCACAUCAUCACCGAUAUUGCUUGCGGCAUAUAAGAGCUAAUUUUAAGAAAAAACAUGGAGAGGUCAAUUUACAAAAUCUAUUAUGGCAAGCCGGUUGUGCAACUGACUCACUGGUAUAUGAGCAUUGUAGAGAGAAAAUUAAAUCCAUAUCACUUGAAGCCCACGAUUGGAUUGAACAAAACUUGAAGCCGCAAUACGAAGAUCGAUGGGCAUUAUGUAAAGAUGGUGGAGUGCGAUAUUGUAUGAUGACAACUAAUUGUUCCGAAAGUUUCAACGGCGUACUUAAGGGUGCCCGUGCUAUGCCAAUUCAAGCCUUAGUUGCAAGGACGUUUUAUAGAUUGAACGCAUAUUUUAAUAAGAGGCGCAUUGAUAGUGCAAAUUGGACGAGUAAGUACACUCCAAAAAAUGAGAUUAUUUUGCAGAAAAGGAUUGUGGCUGUGAGAACAUGUAGAAUUGAACAAUUCAACAACAAUGAGUGGGAGGUUAAAGAUUGUGAUGGUACAUACACCGUUCAUCUCGACGAUCAGGAGUGCAGUUGUACUUGUAGUAUACCACAAUUACAGAAAAUCCCAUGUCAACACGUUUUAGCAGCUAGUUCCAAUCAAGAUGGUGGAGCUAGAUUGCUUUAUGACCGAUAUUGCUCAGCUUGGUAUUCAACAAAUCAUUAUCGGCGGGCUUAUAAGGAGAGUUUUCAUCCUCCCGAUGAUACUCGCUAUUGGCCGGAAUUAUAUAUACCGUACUUAUUACCACCUAAGCACAAAAGACAAGCUGGACGACCAAAAUCCGUACGCAUUAGAUCUACCAUGGAUCAAGGUCGUGAAGGAAUAGAUGCUAUGGAUGAUGUCGAGGGUAUUGCAAAUGAGGGCAUAGCUUCCGCCACAGGAGAUUCAGUACAUGUAUCGAUAUUGCAUCGGAUAGUGGCGAGAGUUCGUAGAGCUUUUCAACAAACUCAUGAGGAUCGGCAUGAAGGUCGUGAGCAGGUGGAUCUUGACGAUACUCUAUAUAGAUUCAACAGGAAAUUAGAGAAUCAAAGGGAAAAGGAAGGAUAUACCAACAGGAAUCUUAAUAACUCAAAUUCAAGAUCACAAUCUCCCUUCAGUUGA